AUGCUUCGAGGCACUCCUCAACCCCCUGUAUUCACACUGGACGGUGACUAUCUAAUAGGAGGUGCCUUUUCGAUACAUUACUACAUGAAAACAGUGAAGCAUAACUACACCAGCCUACCAGAGCCCAUAGAAUGUACAGGGAGCAUGGAUACCCGAGAACUGCGCAUUUCUCGGGCUAUGGCCUUUGCCAUUGACGAGAUUAACAAAAGCUCUGGCAUUCUGCCGGGCAUUACACUCGGUUACCAAAUCCAUGACACUUGUGCCUCAGUUCCAUUGACGGUCCAGGUGGCAUUCCAGUUUACCAAUCCCCCUCAGCUGUUGUCUGACAACAGUAAAGUGUGUUCACAAACUGGAAGCGUGCUGGCUAUUAUUGGUGAUUCUGGAUCCACACAGUGCAUCAGCAUUUCACGCAUUGUCGCGCCAUUUGACAUCCCCUUAGUCAGUCACUUUGCUACAUGCGCUUGUUUGUCUGAAAAGACUCAAUUCCCAACAUUUUUUCGAACCAUCCCGAGUGACCAGUUCCAGGCCGAUGCACUUGCAAAACUUGUGAAAUAUUUUGGUUGGACUUGGAUUGGAACUGUCCACUCUAACUCAGACUAUGGCAACAAUGGUAUGGCGUCCUUCCUACGAGCAGCGCACAAAGAGGGUAUAUGUGUGGAAUACUCUGAAUCAUUCAAUCGAAAUGAUCCAGCAAGCAAAAUUCAACAAGUUGCCGACGUUAUCCGCAGGUCCACAGCCAUGGUUGUCGUAUUGUUUACAGCCACAGGUGAUUUGAAGUUUCUACUGGAGGAGCUGACUCGAAAUCCCUCUCCUCCUCGCCAGUGGAUUGGCAGUGAGGCCUGGGUAACCGAUCCGGAAGUUCAGAGUUUCAGGAUUUGUGCAGGAGCCAUCGGAUUUGCUAUUCCACAAUCUGUCAUACCAGGUUUUAGAGAAUACAUUAUGGAUCUUUCUCCUGCUAAAGUGGCUGCUUCCCACUUGCUUACCAAGUUCUGGGAGGGUGCAUUCAACUGCAAGCUAAAAAAACAAGCUGGCUUAGUGGAAAAAGUAUGUGAUGGAACUGAAGAUCUACAGAAGCUCCAAAACCCAUACACUGAUACUUCUCAGCUCAGAAUCACAAACAUGGUUUACAAAGCUGUUUAUGCAAUAGCACACGCUGUACACAAUAUUGUGUGUAAGAAGAUAAACUCCACAGUACAAUGUGACCGAUUUAUCAAAAUAGAGCCAAUGCAGGUCCUUGAUCAGUUGAAAAUUGUGAAUUUCUCUCGUAAUGGUUACCACGUCUCAUUUGAUAACAAUGGUGACCCUGUGGCCUUCUAUGAGCUGAUUAACUGGCAACAAAAUAGAAAAGGGGAUCUCGAGUUUGUAACAGUGGGAAACUACGAUGAAUCUCUUUCUCCUGGACAGAAGUUUACUAUAAAAAGGGAAAUCCGUUGGACAGACAGUAGCACACAGGUGCCUGUAUCCAUAUGCAGUGACAGCUGUCCACCAGGAACACGCAAGGUUCUGCAGAAGGGGAAGCCAAUUUGCUGCUAUGACUGUGUACCAUGUGCUGAAGGAGGAAUAAGUAAUACUUCAGAUUCAUCUGACUGCUUGUCUUGUCACAAGGAGUUCUGGCCCAAUGCAGAGAAGACCUUAUGUCUUCCUAAGCCUGUUGAGUUUCUUUCUUUUCAUGAGGUUUUGGGAAUCAUCUUGACAUCAUUUUCAGUUGGAGGAGCAUGUUUAACCAUUGUUACAGCCAUAGUUUUCUUCCAUCAUAGGUAUACUCCAAUAGUUAGGGCCAACAACUCUGAACUGAGCUUUCUUUUGCUCUUCUCCUUGACUUUGUGUUUCCUGUGUUCUCUUACUUUCAUUGGUCGUCCCUCGGACUGGUCCUGUAUGCUUCGCCACACAGCCUUUGGGAUAACAUUUGUCCUCUGUAUUUCUUGUGUUCUGGGAAAGACUAUAGUUGUGUUAAUGGCAUUUAAAGCCACACUUCCAGGUAGCAACAUUGCUAAAUGGUUUGGCCCUACACAGCAGAGAAUGACUGUAGUAUCUUUUACAUUUGUUCAAGUCUUGAUAUGCAUUAUUUGGUUGGUUCUUAGGCCUCCUUUCUCUAUUAGAAACCUGACCACCUACAAUGAGAAAAUAAUUCUAGAAUGUGCAUUAGUCAGCGAUCGGUUUCUGGGCUGUGCUUGGGUACAUCGGUCUCCUUGCUGUAUUUUGUUUUGUUUUAGCUGUUCUGGCCCGAAAACUACCUGACAAUUUUAAUGAAGCUAAGCUUAUUACAUUUAGUAUGCUUAUAUUCUGUGCUGUUUGGAUCGCUUUUAUCCCAGCAUAUAUCAGUUCCCCUGGAAAGUUCACUGUAGCUGUCGAGAUCUUUGCCAUAUUGUCCUCUAGUUUU